CACUCCAAGAACAGAAGCCUCAGCUAAUGCAAAGUGUGUAUGUGCCCGUGAAAGCUCUGUGUCUACUUACCAUUCAGUUUUUAGGAUUAUUUAUGCCAUAAUAAUAGAUACGAAAAUCUCUAACGGGUAUUUUGUUUCCUUUACAAAUUGUAUUUGAAUUUAUGGGUGAUUUAGAGCUUGUGCUUAAAGUCAGAAUUCAGAACCCCAAAGAAAAUGACUUCAUUGAAAUUGAACUGAAGAGGCAAGAACUGAGUUACCAAAACCUAUUAAAAGUGAGUUGCUGUGAACUGGGGAUUAACCCAGAACAAGUGGAGAAGAUCAGAAAGCUACCAAACACACUGCUCAGAAAGGAUAACGAUAUUCGAAGACUGCAGGACUUUCAGGAAGUGGAACUCAUUUUAAUGAAAAAUGGAAGCUCCGGAUUGACAGAAUAUAUACCAUCUCUGACAGAAAGGCCCUGCUAUAAUAGCAAAGCUGCAAAAAUGACGUAUUAAAUAAUCCCAGGAAUGGUCGGACGUGGUGGCUCAUGCCUGUAAUCUCAGCACUUUAGGAAGCCAAGGUGGGCAGAUCACCUGAGGUCAGGAGUUCUAGGCCAGCCUGG